GUCAAAAGUCAUUUUUGUGCGCAUUUUCAUUCUUGUCGGAAGCUAGUUUAGCUCUAGAAGGUUUUUAACGAAUCAUUGCAUUGUGAAUUCGGAAUUGUGAUAUUGCGAGUGGUUCAUUUAGAAUACUUAGAUUUUCGUCGUUUCUAGAGCACCGCAGAAAAUAUGUGGAACAAUAAGAUAUUAUUAAUAUUACCGCUGAUUGUGCUUGCUGCAUGUGCACAAACAAUUGAGCAGGAAACCGCAGUUCCAGGUAAACCUCAUCCAAAACCAACAACUCCUUCGCCUAAUUCAACGACAACGGUUUCACCUAAUUCAACAACAACAACUCCGCCUAAAACAACAACUGUUGCACCUAAUUCAACAACAACAGCUCCACCUAAAACAACAACUGUUGCACCUAAUUCAACAACAACAGCUCCACCUAAAACAACAACUGUUGCACCUAAUUCAACAACAACAGCUCCACCUAAAACAACAACAGUUGCACCUAAUUCAACAACAACAGCUCCACCUAAUACAACAACAGUUGCACCUAAACCAACAACGGUUUCGCCUAAUUCAACAACAGUUGUACCACCAACAACAACCACACCGGGUCCGAAGCCCGUGCCGGAUCCAUCCAUUGGUAAUUGGACGGUGAAAGAUGGAAAUAACAGUUGUUUCGUCAUGGAUGCCGCAAUUCAAAUCGAAUACCCCGUAAAUACCACCAACAAAAUCAAUAUACCCGUUAAUUCCACGUUGAUCGGCGCUUGCAACAAAAUGGACGAUGUCAUUGUGUUGAAAUGGGAAAAGAAUGUUUUCACCAUGAAUUUCACCAAGGAUGUGAACGCCAGCAAAUUUGCAUUGGCAUCGAUUCGAGCUGACCUCUUUAAUUUGAGCCUACCUAAUGGUACGUUCAAGAACGUGACUCUGAUUCACAAUGUUUCCGAAUUCGGCACGCCUUUGGGCAAUUCCUACAAGUGCAAGAAGGUUCAAACAUUGAACCUUACAGGCGAAGCUAACAUGACUGGUUAUUUGCACAUUAGCCAUCUCCAAAUGCAAGCUUUCGCCAAUACAACCGGCCACAAGUUCGAUUCCGCGAUCGAUUGCGAGGCUUCUCCCAUCACCUCGGACGUGGUGCCGAUAGUGGUUGGAUGCGUUUUGGCCGCUUUGGUAGUGAUGAUAAUGGUGGCCUAUCUGGUAGCCAGACGCCGUUGCCAAGCCAGAGGAUAUCACUCAAUAGAUGCGCAGCCCGAUGAUUAGUUUUCAUAUUGUGUUUAAAUCAGAGCGAUAUAAGUAAUGUAGAUGUGGUAUUAAUAAAUUUAUAUAUCAAUCGAUCCAGUAGGUAAUUAUUCAAUUGAUUGGGUUUAUUUUGCUUUAUUUGUUAGUGUGUUUUUUUUAAUAUCGAAUUAACUCUUGCAAGUUGUAAAAAAGUGUGCUUUUUUUGUGUAUUAAAUUUGAAUUAUAAUUAACGCAUAAUUAUUUAGUGUGAUUAGGAAUCGAGGCUAUGAAUUGGUGUUGGGAUUUUUUACCUGUUUGUGAUGCGCUAGAAAGCUUUUACCAGAUCCAGAGGGGUGAAAUCGUUCAAUUGGGUUAUGUUUUACUUGUUCUGUUUAUUGAAAAAAAAUGUAUUAUUAUUGUAUAAUUUGCUCAUACUUGGGAGACAUGUCAAUUCUUAAGAUUUCUAAGUUUGUUCUGAUUUUUCUACGUUGGAAAUUUGUAUAUUUGAUGUUCAGUUAAAAUUUUUCGACGAUGCGUUUAUUCAGGAAAUACCCUGUAAAAUUUUAUAUUUCAGACAAUAGAUUCGAUACGUUGCGAAAUUAAAUUAAAAUAGUUUAGUUUUAUUGAAAAGGAUAUUAACAUUAGUAUCUAGAUUUAAAAAUAUAUAUUUAGUUCUUCCCGAAUAGUCGAUGAAGUUAAAUUUAAAACAAGUUUUUUAGUAAAAUGCUAUUUUCCACAAUAAAGUAGAUUAGUUUAAUAGAUUAAUUAAAAAUCGUUUAUUAGUGUAGGUGCCCUAAUUGGAAAUUUAACUUUCAUAAACCGGACGAUAUUUCAAAAUAAAAUUGAUUAUCUAUUCGAAUAAUUCAUUAUUGUUGUUUCGAUUUUACGUUAAAAUAUCCUCCGGUGCACGUUAAGCAAUUAUACAGGGUAAACGAAACGAGCAUUGAAAGUGAUAAGCGUUUGAAAGAGCUUUUACCUUGAAUUCUCGAAGGCCCCCGCCGUCUCUUUUACGAAGGGUAGAAAACGUCUGAUAAAAAUUAUUGUAUUGGCUGUGAGCGCUGUAACGUUUUGUGUAACUGAGUUAAAUAAAUUUUUUCGAAAAC